CAUUGCUGCACACACACGCGCGCGCGCGCGCAGACUGAAGCGCGACUGCUCAGAGGAAGAGGGAAGCAGCUGGAGAUCUCAGUGCGUCUCACUCAUGGCUCAGUCAGCAGGCAGUAUGGAGACGGAUCUGGCCAGCAAGCGGCUCCACUCGAGGAUGGAGGCGUCGUGUCUGGAGUUGGCUCUGGAGGGCGAGAGGUUGUGUAAAGCGGGUGAUUUUAAGGGUGGUACAGCGUUCUUUGAAGCAGCAGUCCAGGUGGGAACAGAAGAUUUAAAGACGCUCAGCGCCAUUUACAGUCAGCUGGGAAACGCUUACUUCUACCUGAAGGAGUACGCUAAAGCCCUGGAGUAUCACAGACACGACCUGACGCUCGCUCGGACGAUAGGUGAUCGCAUCGGUGAAGGGAAAGCCAGCGGGAAUCUGGGAAACACACUGAAGGUUCUGGGCAGAUAUGAUGAAGCAGCUGUUUGCUGUCAGAGACAUCUGGACAUUUCUCAAGAACAGGGAGACAAGGUGGGCGAGGCUCGGGCGCUGUAUAACAUGGGAAACGUGUUUCAUGCGAAGGGUAAACAGCAGUUGUGGGGGAGUUCACAAGACCCCGGAGAUCUUCAUCCUGAUGUGAGCGAUACUUUACAGCGAGCCACGGCCUUCUACGAGAUGAAUCUGGCUCUGGUGAAGGACUUGGGAGACCGAGCGGCUCAAGGCCGGGCCUUUGGUAACCUUGGCAACACGCAUUACCUGCUGGGUAAUUUUGUUGAGGCCAUCAAGUUCCACAGAGAGCGUCUCUCCAUUGCCAAAGAAUUUGGUGACAAGGCGGCCGAGCGGCGAGCGUACAGUAACCUAGGCAACGCCCUUAUAUUCCUCGGCCAGUUCAGCGCAGCAACAGAGUAUUACAGGAAAACCCUGCAGCUCUCUCGGCAGCUGAAGGAUCAGGUGAUGGAAGCUCAAGCGUGUUACAGUCUGGGAAACACAUACACGCUACUGCAAGAGUACGACAGAGCCAUCGAACAUCACCUGAAACACCUGAUCAUCGCUCAAGAGCUCGGAGACAGGGUUGGCGAGGGUCGGGCGUGUUGGAGUUUGGGUAAUGCUUAUGUUUUAUUAGGAAAUCACCGUCAGGCUUUACAUUACUCUAGAAAACAUCUGGCCAUCUCCAGAGAGAUCGGCGACAGAAACGGAGAGCUGACGGCCGGGAUGAAUGUAGAGGAGCUGAUGGAGGUGAUUGGUGUGAAGGACGCUGAUCUCUCUCCAGCUGAGGCUGAGUUUAAAGUUCAGGGAGCCAGACCCAAAUUCAGUAAGAGGAGCAGUGUGGACAGUGUUGAGCUGUGGAAGUACGGCUCUGAGAAGAAUGGAGAUGCUGCAGGUGUUAAUGGUGGAUUGAGAAGAUCAAAGCAUCAGCUGUCUCACUGCAGCACGGGAGAACACACAGACAGUCCAUCAUCAGAUGACAGACAGUGGCUUGACUCACCUGUGGACACUGAUGACAUCACCGUUCAUGUCACACUUCCAAAACUGAGUCGGGAUCAUUCGGACGAGGACUGUUUCUUUGACCUGUUGAGUAAGUUUCAGAGCAGCCGAAUGGAAGACCAGCGCUGUCAACUGGACGAGCCGACCAACGGCGAGAACACAGGAGGAGCGGACGCAGACUCUCUCAAUGACGUCAUCGAGGCGAGUCUUCUGACGUCUCCUCAGACGGAGGAGCUCUUUGAUUUGAUCGCCAGCACGCAGAGUCGGCGUCUGGACGAUCAGAGGGUGAGCGUCAGCAGUCUGCCCGGACUCAGAAUCACUCACAAUAAUCUGGGUCACCUGUGUGGAGAGAGUGACCCUCAGGCGCCCGGAGAUGACUUCUUCAACAUGCUGGUCAAGUGUCAGUCCUCCAGGAUAGAUGACCAGCGCUGCUCUCCUCCUGAAGGAGGUCCGCGAGCCCCCACCGUCCCCGACGAAGACUUCUUCAACCUCAUCCAGAGAGUUCAGGCGAAGAGGAUGGACGAGCAGCGAGUGCACCUGCCGUCUGACCAACAGGAUGAGAGCGAGGAUGAGAGAGAACCGGGCGCCUCUGACUCCGGCUAACUAUAGUAAAAAGACACGGAGGGAACAGAACGUGCACUUUCAGAUGCCAACUUGUGUGUCUACACGUGACGAACACGACACAAGCGCCAUCUCAGUGUUUCACCUGCCGUGCUUUGAAGCCAACGAUCAUUCACUCGUGUGUAAGAUUCCAGUGAAAGUUUGCACGCACGGUUCAUCUCGCGAGUGUCCGACUGUGUCUGAUGCUGAAGGCCUUACAGAGACGUCUUUAGAUGUUUAACAUCAGACAGUUUAUGUGUCUGUAACGCAUGUGCUGGAUUCAGACCGGACUGCUCGUGUGCUGGGUUAUUCAGACACACCGGCUCAGUCGCUUUAUCUGCCUUGACCGCAGACUCUGAUUGUAUUCUUUGAUAUCGUCGAGCACUUGAAGGAGUUUUGCUGUGGUUUGUCAAGUGACCGUAUUCGUCUCAGACCUUCACAAGUGCAUUUGACUGCUUUACCAUCAUUGCGAUGAAGACAUUAGGGCUGCUUCUCAUCACUUCUCUCUUUCUCUUGUUGUAUUUAUGAAAGUGUUGAGAGAAUGUGUGAACAGACUGUGACAGUGUUGAAGAGACUCACGUUUGAUGGAUGAUGUUACAGUGUUUGUCAUUUGUGCGGAUCUACACACACCACAUACACAACUCUUCGAUGUCUUUCGUGUCAAGACAUUUAGAUAUGAAAUCAAAGGUAUUACAGUUGAUUUUUAUUUUACUACAGGUUUUUUAAUGGAUGAUGAACUUACUGCCACCUUGAGGUGGAAAAUUAGCUAAGCCAUAAAAUCAUUUUCCAGUCUGUUGUGGGUUCUGUGCAACAAUUCAAUUUCACCCGAAAAUCUACUUUUGUUUCCAGACGGGAGAAACUGAUUCCCGAUGAUGAAUGAAACCGUUUUCAGAUGACACAAAUGUGCAGUAUAAACUAGUAGAUCAUCUUCGUGAAAAGACGUUUUACAAAAGUAAAUGACAUGAUGGUUCUGUAAAGAAACUGGAUUGAGGAGAGAAAAUAAAGUGAUUUUAUUCCCA